UUGACCUUGGAAGUAGUACGUAUUAAUGGAGUGUCCCUGGAACCGUAUUUUACUCACGCAGUGAGAACAUUAUCCUUGUCACAUCUACAUACGUCCCGUGUACAUGCGUAAAAACUACGCUUUGGUACAGGAAAGGAGAUACACUUGCCGAGGAGAAAAUUCAUGCUCACGAAAUCGUAACCACAUGACACGAUCAAGCGGUGAUCUGCCGGUCCCACAGCACGCACAGUUGAAUGAGGUCAUCUUGAAAGUGGGAGACGUUAUCAGCCAGACCUGUGCGAGUUGUCUCGACUCAACAUGGUCACCUUCUCGGGCUUCGUCAAAAGAUCAUUUCUCGGGACUUUGAUAAUGGCCGUUGUUUUCAGUGGAGGUUUACUGUUCUCAGGCCAGCUGCGCCAACUUGUGCCUUUGCAUAACAUCAGUGUACAGACUGUCCAUACGACAACGCAGACGCCAGUGGAUAGGAAGUCACUUCCGGAAUGUCCUGAAACACCACCAAAUAUAAAUGAACCCGUGAAGCUGAAUCUUACUAACAUCACCCUAGAUGAGUUACGGAAAAAGUACCCCUCCCAUCCCGGAGACAUAUACAGGCCCGAGGGGUGUAGAUCCAGGGUGAGGCUGGCUGUUAUUAUACCUUACAGAGACCGGGAGCAACAUCUGGUGGUCCUCCUCAACAACCUCAUCCCCUUCCUCAACAAACAACAGGCGGACUUUACGAUAUAUGUUACCGAACAGACGCCGGGAGGAAUAUUCAAUCGAGGUCUUAUGAUCAACGCGGGAGUGGCAGCCGCGCUGAAGGCGGAUAACUUCACCUGCAUUGUCAUCCACGAUGUUGACCUCAUCCCAGAGACAAGCGACAACUACUACCGCUGUCGAGAAAACCCACUCCAUCUCUCUACUGCCAGUGCUAAAUAUGGAUAUAAGCUUCCUUACCCCUCGUAUGCCGGAGGUAAUAUAGCCAUCUCUCCAAGUCAGUUCAAGAGGAUCAACGGUUUCUCAAACUGGUACUUCGGAUGGGGCGGGGAAGAUGACGAUUUUGAAAUAAGAGUUAAAACAGUUGGCAUGAGACUCAAAAGAAAUCCACCCAAACAAGGAAGAUAUUACGCAAUAAAACACGAAAGAGAUAAAUUGAAUCCUGAAAACCAUAAAAAAGGCUUGUUAUUCAAGUCAAUACGUAGGCGCAUGAAAACCGAGGGGCUUUCGUCUCUACAUUGUAACACUACAGUAUCACAUCAUGGGACUGUCACAUGGCUUACCAUAGCUAUUGACAAGCAAUAUUAUAAUUCAUCGAUCAAAUAUUAAUACAGGACUGGUGCUGAUAUUUAUGAAUAUUUUCAGGUCUGUCUUGUACAGAUCUUCGAAAAGACGUAUGGGAACGGAUGGUAUCUCUUCCCUGCACUGUAACACUACAGUCUCUGAGCGAGGAGCGAUCGCGUGGCUUAAAGUAUCGAUAGACAAAAAAUACUAUGAUGAAACUAUAAAAUAUUAAGCGCAGGAUCAAGACUGUUGAAUAAACGUUUUUGUUUUUGUA